AAGAUUCUGCCGUCGCAGCAACUUGGCGCUGCGGUCGCUCCAUGGCCGGGCGCCACCGGCCUUUUGGCCUCAGUCACCGCGGACGAUAUGGCACACAAAGGUCACAGCGGGGUAAACCAGCUGGGCGGUGUUUUCGUCGGCGGUCGGCCUUUGCCUGAUUCGACAAGGCAAAAAAUUGUUGAAUUGGCCCAUUCAGGAGCGCGGCCCUGUGACAUCUCGAGGAUCCUGCAGGUCAGCAAUGGAUGUGUCUCGAAGAUCCUUGGCAGGUACUACGAGACAGGUUCCAUCAGGCCUAGGGCCAUCGGAGGUAGUAAACCUCGAGUGGCGACGGCGGAAGUUGUUAGUAAAAUCUCCCUUUACAAGAGCGAAUGUCCUUCAAUCUUCGCUUGGGAAAUUCGGGAUCGUUUGCUCCAGGAGGGAGUUUGCACCAAUGACAACAUUCCUAGUGUAUCCUCUAUUAACAGGGUCUUGAGGAAUUUAGCUGCCCAGAAAGAACAGAGACAGCAGCACCAACAGCAGCAGCAAGGUGUGGGUGGUGUGGGAGUAGGUGUGGGUGCGGGCAGUCCAGCGGAAAGUGUCUACGACAAAUUAAGGCUACUUAAUGGACAAACCACCGGCUGGCCGAGACCCAAUCCGUGGUAUCCGUCCGGACCUGGUAGCCCCUUUCCAAGCUUACAACCAAGUCUAAGUCCGAGCCACUGUACAUUGCCUCAAGACACAGCCGAUCUGCUCCACGCAAAGAAAGUGGCUGAACUUGAAGGUGGUGCACAUUCGGACGAAACGAACAGCGGCGGAGACAACAGCAACGCUGGGAGCGUCUCGGGCGGUGCUGAUGAUGACCAGGCCCGUUUGCGUCUCAAGAGAAAACUCCAGAGGAACCGCACCAGUUUUAGCAACGAGCAGAUCGACGCCCUUGAAAAAGAAUUUGAGAGGACACACUAUCCAGACGUCUUUGCGAGGGAAAGACUUGCUGGAAAAAUUGGCCUACCGGAAGCCCGGAUACAGGUCUGGUUUUCGAAUCGCCGCGCAAAGUGGAGACGCGAGGAGAAAUUAAGAACACAGAGGAGGGACAAUCCGCAACAGCAGCAGCAACAGCAACAACAUUCAAGCAGCGUCGGUAUGGUGGGCGGACAUCCAACACCUCCGCCCUCGGGUAUAAUCGGUGGACAACCACCUCCACAAGGACCGCCAUCACCACCCAGAAUACACCAUGGGUUUGCACCCUCGGUCUAUCCGGGAAUCCCCAGCAUGCCUGACUCCUAUAGUCCGAUGACGUCAAUGCCAAGUUUCACGAUGUCUGGAAGCCAGCAGAAUCAGCACACAACCAGCAUGUCUUCACUUUCCGGAGGAGGGGGAAUGGGUCCAAUGGGAAUGACAGUUGGAAUGACGGUUGGGCCCAGUCCGGGAGCUUGUCUUCAGCAACGCGACAAUGGAUACUCUUGCGGGGUAGCAAGACCAUCGGGCUAUGAACCUCUUCAUCUGGGCUAUGGAUCCAGGCCCACCUGCAGUCCCAAUCAACCCUAUCACACCGCGGGCCUUAACCAGUACAACCAGAACGCCAGCUCGACCGGUUUGAUAUCACCCGGUGUGAGCGUGCCGAUCGCCGUACCGGGACAGCCAGCACCGGAUAUGGCCGCGCAAUACUGGUCUCCUAGGUUGCAGUGACCGUGGUGGU